AUUGAAGAAGAUACUGAAGAGCAUCAUCUUAGAGAUUACUUUGAGAAAUAUGGAAAAAUCAAUGCCAUUGAGAUAAUUACCGAUAGGGAGUCUGGAAAGAAAAGAGGCUUUGGAUUUGUCACUUUUAAUGACCAUGAUCCCAUGGAUAAGCUUGUGUUGCAGAAAGACUAUGGCAUCAAUGGUCAUCAUGCAGAAGUACGAAAGGCCUUGUCUCGACCAAAAAUGCAGGGAGAUCUGGAGGUGGCAAUUUGGGGGUUAGCCCUGGUUAUGGAGGAGGAUGAGGAGGAUACGGUGGUAGAGGAUCUCGAUAUGGUGACCUGGAUGGGGCCUCCAGAGGUGGUUUUGACAGCUAUGGAUGAAGAAAUUAUGGAAGUCAUAAUUACAAUGAUUUGGGAAAUUAUAAGCAGAAACCUUCUAAGUACGAUUUACUGA